AUGGCCCCCACCCUCCCCGCCCUGCUCUGCCUCGGGCUGAGUGUGGGCCUGAGGACCCAGGUGCAGGCUGGGACCUUCCCCAAACCCAUCAUCUGGGCUGAGCCGGGCUCUGUGGUCCCCUGGGGGAGCCCCGUGACCAUCUGGUGUCAGGGGAUCCUGGAGGCCCAGGCGUUCCGUCUGGAUAGGGAGGGAAGAACAGUUCUCUGGGAGAGACAGAAAGUACUGAAACUCAGGGACAAGGCCCAGCUCACCAUCCCACAGAUGACCGAGCAGCACGCAGGGCACUAUUGGUGCUACUAUCUCAGGGGAACUCGCUGGUCAGACCCCAGUGACCCCCUGGAGCUGGUGGUGACAGGAUCGCACGGCAAACCCAGCCUCUCAGCCCUGCCGAGCCCUGUGGUGACCUCGGGAGGGAACGUGACCCUGCAGUGUGGCUCCCACUGGGGAUUUAACAGGUUCCUUCUGACCAAGGAAGGAGACGAGUCCUCUCGGACCCUGGAUGGACAGCAGAGCCCCGACGGGCAGACCCAGGCCCUGUUCCCCGUGGGCCCCGUGAGCCCCGGACACGGGUGGACGUUCAGAUGCUACGGCUUUAACAGGGACACCCCCCGGGUGUGGUCGGCCCCCAGCGACCCCCUGAAGCUCCUGGUCUCAAGGGCUCCCCCCAAACCCACCAUCUGGGCUGAGCCGGGCUCUGUGGUCCCCUGGGGGAGCCCCGUGACCAUCUGGUGUCAGGGGCCCCUAGAGGCCCAGGAGUUCCAUCUGGAUAAAGAGGGAAGCUCAGUCCCCUGGGACAGACAGAAACCCCUGGAGCCCGGGGACAAGGCCAAGUUCUCCAUCUCACUGAUGACUGAGCAGCACACAGGGCGCUAUUGGUGCUACUAUCUCAGGGGAAUUCGCUGGUCAGAGCUCAGUGACCCCCUGGAGCUGGUGGUGACAGGACCUUACAACAAACCCAGCCUCUCAGCCCUGCCGAGCCCUGUGGUGACCUCGGGAGGGAACGUGACCCUGCAGUGUGGCUCCCGUCAGGGAUUUAACAGGUUCCUUCUGACCAAGGAAGGAGAAAAUGAGUCCUCUCAGACUCUGGAUGGACAGCGGAGCCCGAACGGGCAGACCCAGGCCCUGUUCCCCGUGGGCCCCGUGAGCCCCGGACACGGGUGGACGUUCAGAUGCUACGGCCUUAACAGGGACACCCCCUGGGUGUGGUCAGCCCCCAGCGACCCCCUGAAGUUCCUGGUCUCAGGGCUGUCUGGGAAGCCGUCCCUCCUGACCCCGCAGGGCCCUGUCGUCACCUCUGGACAGAACCUGACCCUUCAGUGUCGCUCUGACAUGGACUACGCCAGAUUCGCUCUGUCCAAGGAGGGGGGACAGGACCUCCCCCAGCGACCUGCCCGGAGGGCCCAGGGGGGGCUCUCUCAGGCCGACUUCCCCCUGGGCCCGGUGGGCACCGUCCAUGGGGGCCGGUACAGAUGCUACGGUGGACACGGCCUCUCCUCCGAGUGGUCGGCCCCCAGUGACCCCCUGGAGCUCCUGGUGGCAGGAUGGCUCAGAGACAGACCCUCCCUCUCAGCACGGCCGGGCCCCUCGGUGGCCCCGGGGGAGAACGUGACCCUGCUGUGUCAGUCAGGAGACGGGACGGACACCUUCCUUCUGUCCCAGGAGGGAGCAGCCCAUCACCCCCUGCGUCUGCGCGCCCAGGAUCAAGGCGGGCGGUUCCAGGCCGAGUUCUCCUUGAGUCCUGUGAGCUCGGCCCACGGGGGCACCUACAGGUGCUACCGCGCACUCAGCACAGAGCCCCACCUGCUGUCACGGCCCAGCGAGCCCCUGGCGCUCCUGGUCUCAGGUGCUUGUGCCGGCGCUGACCUGUGCGCCCUCACCCCAGACUACACGGUGCAGAAUCUCAUCCGGAUGGGCUUCGCGGCCUCAGUCCUGCUGCUCCUCGGGGUCCUGCUCUGCCAGGCUCGGCACGACCGUGGAGGAGCCCGAGACGCGGCCCGGAACUGA